AUGGCGCAGCACGCGGCGCCCAGCCGGAGGCAGCUCGCCACCGCCUCCUCCCGCCCUUCCAUCACCUGGAGCGCCUGUGCCUUCUCCUCCGCCGCGCACUGGCACAGCUCCAGGCUCGUCAGAGCGCGCCCGGCCACCAGGUCUAGCAGCAGCACACCGAACGAGUACACAACCCACUUGCCGCUCGCCUUGGGGCUUCUCACGUCGGGGCAGAUGCAGAAGAAGCAACGAUCUGGACGCGCGGCGGAGAGAGGGGAGCCCUUGCUCCGUCGUCGCCCGCUGCAGCGUACCCCCACCACCGCUCGCCGGCUAGGGUUCCGACAGCAACACCGGAUUCAUCGCCUGAACGAAAAGGGAGAAGAAGCGUUGGGAGCUCGGGAAGGGAAGGCCGCAACGUGGGGGAGAUGGGGUCUGCUGGGCCGGGCCGUCGCGGCCUAG